AUGGACACUGGAGCCGAUGAUGAUGGCGAAUCUGCUGCUGAGGACAAAGGUGAAAAUGGCACAAGGCCUGUAAAGAGAAAGGACCGAAACUCGCCAGAGCUAACCGACAAAGUCACAAAGAAGAAGGACUUGAAAAAAAGCCCUCCGCAACGAGUAGCAGAGCAGAGUGACGAACCUAAGAAGGCGUCUGAUUGGGAAAAAGUACAGUCUAAGAAGGAGAAGAGGAAGCUAGCUAAAGAGCAACUCUCAAAGCAGCCGCCGAAGGAGCCCAGAAAUGCAUGUGGUGCAAAAAGUACUGAUGCAAAAAGUACUAAUUGCUUGGACAAAACUGAGAAAACUAAGAUGCAAGGUGCAUUAACAAAAAAAAUGUCUGCUGAUUUUUCAUUUCAUGAACGAACUGAUACAAACUCAGAUCUUCCACCUAACCGUGCAAAUGAUUUAUCAAUUAUUGAUGAGAAAUUGACAGAAUUUUUCGUAGGAUGCAAUAUACCAUUUAGCGUUGUUGAGUCAACUCAAUUUAAAGAGCUUGUUAACUCUUUGAAUCCAAAUUACAAACCACCAUGCAGAAAAACUCUCUCAGGUACGCUGCUAAAUAAGUUACACAACAAAAUAUCAAGUGAACAUAGAAAAAUUGAUGAAUCCGAAGGAGUAAUAGUAAUUGAUGGUUGGAAGAAUUCGGUUGCUAAUACAAAAAAUGUUGUAUGUAUAAUUCAUACACCAAAUGAACCAAGUUUUUUUUUAAAUUCUUGGGAUUUUACAUCAAUGUCCGAAGAUACGCCACAAUUAACCAAAGUUGUUGAAGAAGCUGUCAAUAUGGCCAAAACGGACUACAACAAAAAUAUCUAUGCCGUGGUUUCUGACAAUGCUCCAGUUAUGACAGCAAUGGGUAAAGCUGUCAAUUUAUGGCACGCAGGAUGUAGUAGUCAUAAUGGUAAUUUACUUGCCAAGGAUCUCAUUGAUAAAACUUUUUCGGAAUCUAUAAAUACAAUCUUACGGGCAUUUAAAGCUCCGAAUUUAGAAAGAGAGGUAAUAAAACUUGGAGGAGUAAAAAUGAAAUUGGCUUGUGAAACUCGUUGGUGUAGCUAUCGGGAUGCAUUUCGAUGUUGUUUGAAAAAUCUAGACAUAAUGAAAAAAAUCGUGAACGAUAAAUUAAAUGAGCAGUCUCUUAAUAAAGUUAGAAAGCAAAAUACAGAAGAUAAAUUAUUUACCUUAAAUAAUUUGCUUUCUGAUGAUUCUUUGAUAACAAAGCUGCAAGAUUAUAUAGUUUUAUCUGAUCCGGUCUGUUCACUAAUAAACAAAUGUCAACAAUCAAAGUGUACUCUACCUGAUGCUGCUGAAGAAUGGAUGAAGUUGAAUAUUCCGACUGAGAAUGAAAAAAUUCAAGAAAUUGUCAAGAAACGAGUCGAUAAAGUACUAACGCCUAUUUUGUUAGCAGCAAACUUAUUGCAUCCGGUUUACCAAGGUAAUCAGUUUCUUCAUAUAGAAAAAUACCGUUUACAAGCUCUUGAGUUUAUAAAACAAGAGUUAAAUGAAACUUCGUAA